AUGACUGAAUCCGAGUGCCUACCAGUAGCCCCAGAUGCGGGCUUUGCCCAUCUUCGCUCUGAGAGAUCGAGCCACCUUUUGAACCAAAUCGAGAAGAUCAGAGCGAAUGGGGUGGGAGAAUUGGUGUCCUUGCCUCAACUGGUCGUUUGUGGAGAUCAGUCUGCGGGGAAGAGCUCCGUCCUCGAGGGCAUAACCGGCAUGCCAUUUCCUCGUCAAGAGGGUCUUUGCACGAGAUUUCCUACCGAAAUCGUCCUCCGCCACUCCAACACUCCCCAGACCAUUACGGCUACAAUUCGGCCGCACGGAUCUCGUACACAAGAAGUUCAGAAGACGCUUAGGGGAUUCCAAAAAUCUAUUCAACAUAUGACGGAACUUCCUUCGAUCAUCGACGAGGCGGCCAAACUCAUGGGCAUUCGGGGGUACUCAGAAUUUGCGGAUAAUACCGCCUUCGCAUCGGACGCACUCCACAUAGAGAUAUCGGGACCUAUUGGCAUGCAUCUCAGCGUGGUAGAUUUGCCAGGCCUCAUCUCUGUUCCAAAUGAAGAGCAAACCGAUGAGGACCUCCAGACCGUGUGCGAUAUGGUCGGGGACUAUAUACAGAGCUCUAGGACCAUUAUCCUUGCGGUUCUGCAGGCCAGCAACGACAUGGCAAACCAAGGAAUCAUCAAACUGGCGCGGAGGCACGAUCCCGAGGGCCAACGAACCGUCGGGAUUAUUACGAAGCCCGAUCUCAUCAAUGAGGGAACAGAGUCUAGAAUUGCACUUGUCGCGAGGAACUUGGAUACAAUCAAGCUGAAGCUUGGUUUCUUCCUGCUUAAAAAUCCGACAUUCCUGACGAGCGUAAGCAUGCGCUUCUACGAGUUAGCCAAGGCAGCACUUGAAGGUAACUAUCAUAGCCUUGACCCAGAGUUCUUCUCCGGCGACGAUAUUUCAAGACUCCGGGCGCAUGUUCAAAAGAGCAAUACCAAGUUUGCUUCCCAGAUACGGGAGCAAGGGCAGAAGAGAAAAAUCUCAGAUGCCGUCGAUGCAGAUGAUUCGGAGCCAAUGGAUGGAACAACGGACCAGCUGCUUGUAAGCAAAUCGGAGAUGACGGCAUGGGUGGAGCAGGUGUAUGAGCGCACUAGGGGAACAGAAUUGCCAGGCAAUUAUAACCCGGUCCUCCUCGCAGAGCUUUACCGCGAGCAAUCCCAGCCGUGGGUCACAAUGGCAAAAGAACACGUUCAAAACACUGUGGUGAUGGCCAGGCAAUGGGUUAGGUCAGCCGGUAGCAGGCUCAUCCGAGAUGAGGGUCUGCGCGGAGAGGUCGAGGACAUUUUUGAUCAGUGGUUGUCUGGCGCUGAGUCGCAGGCGCUGGAGGAACUAAAUAAGCUCGUUGCAGACGAACAGAGGCACCCAUUGACGUACAACCACUACUACACUGACAAUAUUCAAAAAUCCAGACAGGAUGCUCAGAAGCGAGCACUCAGGCAAGCACUCAACCUAGUCACACAGGAAGACUGGAACGGGAAGCUUCAUAUCAGCAACAACAGACUGGAUAUUGAUCGAUUUGCAUCUGCUCUCGAGACGAGAAUGACUGUUGACAUGGACAAACAAGCGUGCUCGGAGGCCCUGAACGAGCUCAAUGCUUAUUAUAAAUUUCUCGAUACCCAGAUGACAUUCUCUUUGUCACGCGCUGAUGUCAUCGCGGAGAUUUCUGAUAUUCGCACCACCCGAAACCACUAA